AGGCGGCAGUGGGGCAGCUUCAAGAUGGUGAAAUUUGGGCUCCAGUUCAAAGCUACUCUGGAGAAUGUCACCAAUGUGAGGCCACUGGGAGAGGACUUCCGCUGGUUUCUGAAGCUGAAAUGUGGAAACUGUGGGGAGGUCCCAGAUAAAUGGCAGUACGUAACUCUUGUGGAGAGUGUGCCAUUAAAAGGAGGAAGAGGCAGUGCCAGCAUGGUGCAGAAGUGCAAACUUUGCUCCAGGGAAAAUUCAAUUGAUAUCCUGGCAGACACAAUCAAACCUUACAAUGAAGAGGACAGCGAAAGCUUUAAGACGAUGGUGCAGUUCGAGUGUCGAGGUCUAGAACCUAUUGACUUCCAACCUCAAGCUGGCUUCGCUGCGCAGGGAGCAGAGUCGGGAACACCGUUUCCCGAAAUUAACCUACUAGAAAAAGACUGGACUGACUACGAUGAGAAAGUCAGCGAGUCGGUGGGAAUAUAUGAGGUCACACACCAGUUCAUCAAGUGCUGACAUCAUCAUGUGAUGAGGCUCAGAGAUGAGUGAGUGAACACUACAGCCAAACGUCCUCAGGCCUCUUUGCAGGCAUUAAGGAUGCUUCAGAAGCUGAGGUGGCGAGGUUUGGUUGACGAUGAACAUUAACAGGUGUGGACUAUCACCACAAAUUGUCCACACGCGUCUUGGAAUAAUCAACAUGGUCAAGAUUUUUUUCACUGCCUCAAUAAAUUGGAUGGUGACAA